CAGGAUGGAGAUCAUAUUAAACUCUCACAGACGUUUGAUAAAGAAGAAUGGCCUCUUACUGCAGACGCGGAUGAAGCAGACAGAAGUGCGGAGAAAGUGCCACGCAAGAUGCUGUCCAGAGAUUCCAGUCAGGAAUACACAGACUCGACUGGCAUCGACCUGCACAGGUUCCUGGUGAACACGCUGAAGAACAUCCCCAGGGACCGAAUGAUGCUGCUGAAGCUGGAGCAGGACAUCCUCGACUUCAUCAGUAAUAACGAGAGCCAGAGGAGGAAGUUUCCGCCCAUGACCUCCUAUCACCGAAUGCUCCUGCACAGAGUCGCCGCUUACUUCGGCUUAGACCACAACGUCGACCAGACCGGCAAAUGUGUCAUCAUCAACAAAACCAGCAAUACACGAAUACCAGACCAGAAGUUUUCCGAACACAUCAAAGACGACAAGACGGAUGAUUUCCAGAAGCGCUGCAUCUUAAAAAGAGACAACUCCAGCGUAGACAUGGACGACAGCGUGACGCGCAUGAAACUAAAGGAGGACAGGAGGAGCAAGUCCAUCGAGGAGCGAGAGGAGGAAUAUCAGAGAGCAAGAGAGAGGAUCUUCACUGAUGGUUUAGACACCUUCCCGCUGGAUAAAAGGAUUCAGGAGGACGAGGUGUGUAACAGCAUCCAGCAGAGGCGGCAGAUCUUCAGGCUGAAGGACAGCCUCCAAAGCAGCUCUGAGAACGAGGCCGUGUAUUCAGAGCCGCGGCCGUGGAGCAGCACCGAUUCGGACAGCUCCAACCUCAACCUGAAGCCCGCCAUGACCAAAGCCAGCAGCUUCAGCGGCAUCCCGGUGCUGAUCCGCGGAGACAGCUCCAGCAGCAGCAAGUGCGUGGGGCGGCUCUCAAACACAGGUUCUGACUCUUGUAGUAGCGUAGCUUCGUCCACGGGGUCGCUCUCUCGAUCCCAGCCUCCUCCAGCCGCCACGCAGACCACGGCCUUCCCCGCUGUCAGCUACGAGCCGCUGGCGUCCUCAGCUAGCACUAGCUACUAUCUGCUUCCGCUGGACGCCGCAGGGAAACCGGCUGGAAGUGUCCUGGUCAACCCGCACACAGGUUGGUAAACACUACAGCUGAUUUCUCUCGCAUGCAUG